AACAUCACAGUUACUAAACUAGACGAAACACGUUUAGCUUGCCAAAAUGUCGAAAACGGAGGAACAAGGAGAAACUCAGGUUACAGAAGAAAUAGAUAAUUUACAAAUGUCAAGAGGAGAAAAACCAGAACCAUGCGACUUCAAAUUCAACUUCACAAAGGCAAAAGAAAAGUUUGUCCUGGAUGAAGGAGGCAACAAAAUAAAGUUUGGUGAUAUCUACAAACACCAGAAAACGAUAGUUAUUUUCACGAGGCAUUUCCUGUGCUUUGUAUGCAAAGACUACAUUGAAGAUUUAGCAAGAGUUCCAUUAGAAUAUUUACAGGAAGCUGGCGUGAGAAUAGUUGUGAUUGGUCCUGCUCCUGACAAGUUUAUACAAUCCUUCAAGAAAGAGACAGGAUAUAUGUUUACCAUGUACACAGAUCCAGACAGAGAGCUUUACAAAUUACUGGGUAUGAAGAGCAACCCAGAGUAUGGAAAGAACACUAAAAAGAAUAAACACCUCAAGCAUAACAUGAUAUCAGGAAUUCUAAGUAGUACAUGGAGGGCCAUGCAAAGCCAAGAAUAUCAGGGGGAUGUCCGACAGCAAGGGGCAGAGUAUAUCCUUGGACCAGGAGAUGAAGUCCACUUUAUGCAUCUUUGUGAAUGUUCCACUGACCAGACUCCUAUAAAUGAUCUUCUACAGCUGGCUGGAGUCAAACAAGUCAGUUUUCCUAAGGACAGUCGAGUCAUUGAUGUUUAACUUGUAUUUCCAAAUGUGCCUAUGUGUUCAAUCAAUGUAAAAUUUAUGUCCAGUUGUGUCAUGAUUUCAUUUAUUAUCACUUGGACACUUUUUUUGUCAUUAAAUUUAUGCAGUGCUAUGCAUUAUGACAUCAUCAGUUGUGUGAAAUCGAUGUAAUGCUCAAUUCAGCAUCAUUAUGAAGGAUGGAUAUUAAAAAGUUAUGUUUUUUUUGGUUCAUAUUAUGAACUCUGUUGUAUUUUUCUCUUGGAAUUCUUGUGAAGAUUUCCAUCUGAAAGCUGAAAAGGCGAUAUACAAUAUUGUUAUUUAUAAUCAUGUCUAGAACUAUAUACUCUACUGAUCAUGUCAGGACGUAUAUACAGUUGAAUUUCGGUAUCUUGAACACGGAUAUGUCGAAUAUCAUGGAUAUGUCAAAGUGAUUGGAAAAUCCUUACCAUGUAUUUCUUAAGUAUUUUACCCUCGAUAUCUCAAACCCUCAGAUAUCUCAAAAUUUUUUCUCAGUUCUAUCGAGUUCGAGAUAACGGGGUUUGACUGUAUAUAUUUAUAAGUUUUUUAUAAGGAAUUGUAUGUUAAUACAUGUAUUUCUACACCCUUGUUAAGUUUUACAUAUACAUGAUGUAUAUAUUACAUAUCAUAAAAAUUUUCUUUCACUUUAACCUCUGUUGACAAUGUUUGAAAUGUGAUGCAUAUAAUUAUAAUGUAAUUUUAUGUAUGACUAUUUUCUGCUAACUUUUUUUUCAGAGUAUUAACAUUAGUGUAUAUCCAUUCAACAAUUUUUUUUAAUGUUUUUUGACAGACUUUGAAUUGAUUUAAUAUUUUGUACAUUACUUAAUUAUGUAUAGUAACUGUUAAUUACACUGUUUCUCAGGUAAGAGUUUGAAAGAGAUAUAACACACUUAGAGAAAAAACUAUAAUUAUUAAUGGAAAGUCUAGAUAAAUAUGAUUAUCUUUUGUUAUUUAUGGAAAUAACAAAAGGUUCAAACUCCUGAUCUGCAGUUUACAAAGCCAAAGCAUUCAACUACUCAACUACCCAGAUUGUCAAUUUAUUGAAAUGGGUAUUAACAUCAGACUGACCUUUAUCUCUAAAGUUGUAAAGUAUCUCUAUUCUCUCUCUACAGUUGUGAAGUAUCUCUAUUCUAUCUCUACAAUUGUGAAGUGUCUUCUGUAUAUACAAUUGUGGUCUAUUUUAUCUCUACAGUUGUGAAGUAUCUCUGUUCAUCCUCUACAAUUGUGAAGUAUUCCAGUAAAUUGUGACACUGUGAUAUUCCAUCUUCAAGAAAUCAUAUACAUGUAUAUAUAUAUAUAUAUCCACUGUGUUACAUUGUCUGCUUAUUUUUAUGA